AUGGGUCGAGACGGUACUCGAAGUCAAAGCCAAAGCAGUAAGGGUGAGGAUGAACUGCACUCAGUUGUUAAAGAUUUCGUCACGAAAUUAUAUACAGCAGAUGAUUUUAUUCGGCAAUUAACCGAAACAAUAACUGGUAUUAUCGAACAAAAAUACAACCCAAUGAUCGAGGAAUUGAAAAACGAGAAUCGGAAAAUAAAUGAUAAACUACAGAAGCAGGAGGAUAUGAUAAACAUUUUGAUGAACCAUCAAAAGAAACACGAGCAAAUCAGAAGAAGUAGAAACCUUCGAAUUUAUGGAGUUGAAGAAAAAGUGAAUGAAAACAUUACUAAAUCUGUUUUGGAUAUCUUCACUACAAAAAUGAAACUGAAGUUAGAUGAGUCCAGUAUUGAAUUCUGUUAUAGACUCAAGAAAAAGGAACUGAAUAAAACCAGUCCAAUUAUGUUGAGAUUUUCUUCAAACUAUUUCAAGAAUAUGGUCUAUAAUAACAAGAAGCUGUUGAAAUCCACGAAAAUUGUCAUUAGAGAGGAUUUGACGACUGAACAGUUGAAAAUUGUGAGUGAAGCUAUGAAAAAAGUUGGGGCAUCAGGAGUAGUGUGGACUAACUCCGGAAAAAUUUAUGUCAAGUUGAAUAGUCAACAAAAUGGAAUUAGAAUUGGAAGUCUAGAUGACAUAAAUAAAUUACGCAUAUGA